CCCCAGCUCUCGCCGCGCCUGCACGCGAUGGCCGCGCCCUGAUCGAACCGUCGUGCCAUUCGUGCCACCCGCGCCAACCGUGCUAACCGCAACACCCGUGCCAACCAGAAACGCGUGUGCUGUGACUUAUAAGCCAUCCACUACCACUCCAACAUGAGCCGGUCGAAAGGCGACAUGGCGUCGCCUGGACAUUUGAUACUUAUACUGGCUGCGUUUUACUUCAGCGCAUGUAUUGCAGGUCCUCUGCCGAAUGUAACGAUCGUGGACUUGGGUUUGAAAGAAGGAAGCUGCGCCCUCGGUGACGUAGUGUAUAUGUCCGGAGAUCAGUUCCCCGGCACGAGCCCUUGCGAACGUUGUAAGUGCUCAGCUGGCUAUGUUGAUUGCACCAGACAGACCUGCGAACCUCGUCCCGGCUGCAAAGCACUGCACAGACCCGACCACUGCUGCCCUACUUACCAGUGUGAAUGCGAGCAGGAAGGCCGAAUCUACGGCAAUGGGGAGAAGCUAGUAGAUCCACUGGACCCCUGCCGCGUGUGUUAUUGCCAGGGAGGAGAAGUCGUGUGUCGUCGUAUAGCAUGUUUCGUGCGUGAUGACUGUCAACCGCGCCUCGUGCCCGGCCGCUGCUGCCCGGAAUACGAUAAUUGUCCAGUCAGAGACGGUACACCAAUACCUGGUAUGGUUUCCUCGGCUCCGAGCUUACCUGUUUACGAUAAUGUUGAGACGAGCGCUAUUCCAUCGCCACCAAGCGAGCCAAUUAAACCAGAAAUUACAAUAAAGGAAAUUACUCCCGUGUCUGAAAUUCCAGUUAUCACUGAUGUUAAGAUAAAGGAAAUUUUACCAUCUCCCAGCAUCGAUGUUUCUGAAUAUUCCUCAUCAAAAUCUCCCCUAAUUACACGAGAGGCGACGACUGAAAACAAUCUCUCCAAUAUGGAUAAAAUAUCAAAAGUUGAUACAUUCGACUUAAAGGAUGGGCUUCCGUCUUUAACACCGGAAUUAUCUUCAAAUGAUCAAUCAUCUGAAAUUAAAACUAUAAAUGAUAUGCCUCCAUCAAAAAUAAGUCUUCCAACUGACGAAUCUAUUAAUGGUGAUAUGUCACCGUCUAAAAUUCCUAAUAUUGUUUCAAUGAUGGGAGCUCCUAUUUCGGACUCAGGCACUUCAACCACAAAAGCACCUAUACUCGAAGAAGAAGAUCUCGAUCAUAAUCCAGCUUUUCCACCCAUACCAGAUGACCUUUUCUUGGUUUUGAGCAAUCAUGACGAGGAGAUUAUUUCAGACCAAUCAUUAGACAAUGAACAUGGACCAAUGGAUCAUGACAUUGUCAAAGUUCCAAACGUGCCAAUUUCGACCCAAGAGCCAAUUUUUAAGGAAUCGCCUGCAACCACGAUUAGUUAUAUUUCAGACAUUGUUACCAUUACUAGUGACAGCACUCCAGAUACAUCUGCUGAAACAAGUACCUUAAAAGAUGUAACAAUUAGUACACAAUUUCCAAUUACAAAAGAAAAUUCGAUGUUGAAUAUGAGGUCAGUAAUUCCAACAGAAAUAUUAAAUGUUCCAUCCCUCAUAUCGGAUGAGAUUACAGGUGACAUGUUAGAAGCGACGCAAAGUUCAAGAACGGCAGUUGUGAACGAAGAAUCUUCUCCUACUGAAAUUGCGGGAGUAGAUUUAUCAACCAAAUACACUAAAAAUGAGCACCAAGAUAAAGUUGAAGAAUCUUAUUCCAACGUGAGCUUUAAUGACACACAAACAAGAAAUGAAAUGGAUGAAACUACUAAUACAUUAUCCAAAUCAACAGAAAUAAUAUCAGAAACCGAAUUUAGUUCCAUACCUAUAGAAACUAGUGACCAAAAUCCACAUGAUGUUUCUGAAAAAGAUAAUAAAGAAAAAUUAAGCGCAUCUACUGUUAAUCUUAUAAUGACUGAGUCAUCCACUCUCAAGUCAUUAUUUAAUGAUGAAGAUGUUAUCACAGUGUCUAAAAGUUCUGAAAAAGAAGACCAACCAUUCGACAAUUCUGAAACAACAGAAUUUUAUCUUACAUCAUUUGAUUCACAGGAAAGUUCUACGGACGCUGUUGAACUAGUCAAAGCUUCGUCAAAUAAUGAUAAAAGUUCAGCAAUAAUCGAAUCUUCUCGUAAAAAAGAUAGCAAUGUUCUGACCGAUCUCAUAAACUUAGUAGGUGAUGUUGCAUCUAUCAGUGACCAUACAGAAGGCGUUGAUCCAGAACGGCAGCAAACGCCGAGUCCCACUACUAUUUCCGAUUCGGAAGAAUUAAUUCCUGUCAAUAUCGCCGCUGGGUAUAAAAGUAAAAAUAAAAACUGGAAUUUAAAUUCUAUUACAGAAGUACCUCUCAAACAUAAAGUUCCGAUGAUGGUUAGCAAGCAGAAUGUGGUAGAAAUUGAGAGUGAUGAUUCAGAUGCCAUAACAGAUUCAGCUCCACCGAAUGACAAAGUGGAACCAACUACACGGCGGCCCAUCAUCGAUAAUGUAUCUGAUACUGGCAACAACACCGAAGUAGCAGAUAAAAAGGACAUAGAAAUUAUAACACAAUCCUAUGUGCCGACAAUUAACAGGCGACCGAAUAAAGUUGUUAUGAAGAAGAGCAAUGAAAAACCGUUAUCUGAAGAAUCGUUGAGUGAUGCUACAACUCCAGAAGGUACGGCUGAAUCUAUCUCAAGUUCAAGCGAGCUCACGAAUAUUCCCGAUUUCAACGUCAACUCCAAGGAUAUCACGAGCACUCCUGAAGUUAAUGUUAGCACGUCCAGCGAGGACAAAAACUCUCCUGAAGCUAACGAGUCCACUUCAGAAUUGGAGAAUGGCUCCUCGGAUGUAUCCUCCCUUCCAGUGAAGGAGCAGUCUACAGAAUCGUCGAGCACUACGACUCAGUGAGCGUCCGCUCGAACUGUCGACGGAACCUCAGCUUAUCAGCAUUUUGUAGUUAUUAAGUUUCGUUCUUGAAACUAUAAGUUACAUAGAGACUACUAGGUUUAUAGAUUACGUGAACAUUAUCAGAUUAAUUAAUCGUCAAUUGGUGUCCCUGUAGCGUAGCACAGCUGGACUCGUAACUGUAAUGUAGAUGACAGACGGUCGGUUGAAUUUAUUAAUUGUAUUAGCUGGACAAAUUAUUUAUAAUCGUUAGAAUAGUGGAGCCUGAGACAGCGGUAGGGUGCGAGUAGCGCUUUCAACCUUAAAAAGAAUAAACGAAGUAAUAGCUUUUCGUGUUAGCAUAAGUUAUUUAUUUUAGUGAGAGUAACGUGAGUAGAACGAUUGAUAAGUAAGCAACCAAGCUAGUCAACUUGUGACCCUCCUCUCGACGCCACGAUGCCAUUAUCUAACAUCGAGGUCACGACGAAUGCUUCGGCGCGAUCGUUCCGCAUAGACGUAGUUCCUUUAGGAUGAACUAAGAACAUGCUCCUUAGUCGACGGACCGGAAGGCCCCUUCGGGAACGAAUGUAACAAACUUGGUACAAAACGAAUUUGAUAUUUAAUAUUCAACCUUAUGAACUAGCUCUAGUUGUAUUAGUGUAUGUGGAUGCACAUAGACUUUAUUUAUGCACUUUAUAAUAUUUACCCAGAUAUUGAGAAAAACAUUUUAUUCCUGAGAAGGCUCAAAUUGUUCUAAGAAUGUCUAAUAUGGAAGUAUAUUCUUGAUCUUUAAAUUGUAUUUCAGUUGUGUUUAAGUUAUCGUUCCGUUACUCCGAAGUGAGGUUAGGUUCGGUUGUCCAGCGCCAGUGUCGGCGCGGUCAGUAUUGCUAAGUUGAGAUCCUGGAAUGCUCCUUCUUGCUCCGGAAGACCUUAUCUUUUCCCGGGCAAUAAGCGCAUGUGCUCAUUUGUAUUUAAUUUAAAAGUAUUGUUUUUUUACAAAUAAAACAAAUUAGACUGA